AUGUACGUCAUGGAAAUACUUAAUAGAGCUCAAACUGAUAGUGUUAAGGAAAGUAGAGAUGCUUUAGAUGCCUUAGAAAGUCUGAUUUCUGAAGGUGAAGUUGUGGAAGUUUUUGGAUCAUUUUGUGAGGCCGUAAGUAUCUUGAUUGGCUGUAAAAGAUGUGAUAUUCCUAAGUCUGUAAUUCAGUUUAUCAACGAACUGAUGAAGAGAUUGAAACAAACAAGGGAGGGACGAAAUUUCAUGCAUAAUUUGAUUAAGUAUUUAUUACGUGGCGUUGAUUCAAAACUAAAACAUGUGCGUACUAACAGUUUAGUCCUAUUACGAGGUAGUUUAGAGCAUUUAGAUAGUGUAAGUCCUCGGCUUUGGGCGGUGGCUAAGAUAAAGAUAGGUGAAAAGUUGUUUGAUAGGGAGAGUGCAGUUCGGUUUCAUGCAGUGCAGAUAGUGGCUAAGUAUCAGGAAAGUGCGUUGGAUGGAAGUCUGUCCUUUUUUAAGCUGUUGAAAGACUUGUUAAGAUACGAUCCGGCGCCGGAGAUAAGGAAAGCUGUACUGGGAUUGGUGGUAGUGAAUAAGCAGACAAUAUCGGCUAUUAUUAGUCGGGCGGCUGAUGUAAAUGAAGGAGUAAGGAUGGUCUUUGUAAGUACGAAACUAAGUGGGAUUGUUUGGUGUGAAUUAACGGCUAGUCAACGAUCUGGUUUGUUGCAGGAUUUAGAGUCAGAACGUGUGGUAGAGAUAAGGAAACGGUUCUUGCAGAAGAUGGAGGUGGUUUUUGAAAAGGAGUUUGAAGGGAGGUAUGAGUUGCUGGUGGAGGCUUUUUAUAGGGAAAAUCAAGAUAACAGUUCUUUAGAGCGAGUUUUGCGCGAGUUAAUGAAGAAACACGAGUAUGCUGAUGGAUUUGGAGCUGGGUUUUUAGAACGGGCGACUUUACCUUUGUUGUUUUUAAUGCGGAUAUCUUUGGAUCAUAUUGAUACGGAAAAAGGUCGAGAUGAGAUUGUUUUGCCAGAUAUAACUGUGCUUUUGAAAUCAAUUAUUGAUGCAUCUUUGGCCUUACAGGAAUCGGAUAAUUUUGAAGGCUCACUUUCUUAUGCCUUAUUUGGCCUCUUGGACUACUACGACUUAUUUGCUAAUGAGGAACGAGUGCUGUUAUUGAAAUGUGGGGUGUACAUUUUGGCGGCGGAAAGUGUAGUUGAGAAAGUGGUUGAACGAGUGGCCCAGAUGAUUAUCAAGGCGUGUCAUGGUCUGGGAAGUGAUAAGAUGUAUAUUACGGCCCUAUCGACUGGGAGCCGAAAGACUCAAUUGAUCUUUGGUAUGACCCUGUUAAAGAACUUAUCUGAUUUGAUAAGAGAGUUUCCUACAGUAUUCUAUCUGAUUGAGGAGAAGAGUAAAGAUGCUUUGGUGGCUGAAGAUACUGAACUCUUGCGCAUUGCCGUACGGAUGCUAGUCUUAAUGGCCGUUCAGAAAGGAGACUUUACAGUAGAGAUGGCGCACUUACAGACUUUGGCCUUGAGUGGACAUCAGGAAGCCUUCUUAGCACUGGCGGACUUAGCAGUGGUGUUUAAGGAGGAAAAAGAGAUAGGUGAAUGGGUUUAUGAGCACAUGGCAGAGGUAGAGCCACGGGCGCGAGAUAAGAUUUCAUCACGACUGCUUCUUUUUGAUCUGCUGGAGAUAGAGAAAUUAGAAGUACUGAUUGCGGAUUUAGUACGCCGAUUUUAUGCUGAGGAAGUUGAUGGGGAGAACUCGCAGUACUUGCACGUCUUCUUUCAUGAAUACUUCCGUAAGAGACAUUGGAUGGUCUUUGCUACGUACAAGGCCGUGAUUGGCGAGAUUAAGCACUGGAAGGUUUUUAAUGAUCAGAUUCUUUACUGGUUCUCAUGUCGCGAAGAUCAGACGUACACUGAAGCUAGUUUAUUCCUGUUAGUUCUUUCAGCCUGUCUUAGUGCCACUAAAUCAUCAUCCGCUGGGGCUUUAAAGACCAAAAAGGAGCUUAUACAGAGAUACUUAGACCUAUUGGGCAAAGUAUCAGUUUUGAAGUAUGUUUUUGAUGAAAGUGAGCGAGCUAAGGCCUUAGAGAUGGCCACGGCUUUAAGUAAGCAUAUUGUAAAGAUCCUUCCAGAUAACGAGAUUGUAAAAAGCCUUCUGUUUGAUAUUGUAAGUCGUGAAUAG